AUGCAUAUAUCAUGGGAAGACUUCAAAAGAAACAUUGAAGAAUUUACAACUUUAUCAGACGAGAUUAACGAUAAUUGGAUUUUACAUAAAUCAGAAGAAUUACAUCAAUCAUAUCUAACAAAAAAGAAAGUAAUUGAAGUUGAAAGCUUGGUAAUCACUAUAGAAUACCAUAUUGCUUACAGCAUAUCUUAUUCAACCCCAAUUUUAUGUUUGAACUGUUGGAGACAAGAUGGAACUUUACUUUCAAUGGAAGAUUGUUGGAAAAUAUUAAAUUUCGAUGAUUCCGAUGACAUGUACUCAACUCUAACUCAAUUGGAUCAUCCAGUUUUGUUAAGACCAUUCCUAACGUUGCAUCCUUGCAAAACCGCCGAGUUGUUACAACGUAUGUUCUUGAGUAGCAAAAACUUGGUAGUUUCAUGGUUAAGCGCGAUUGGACCAUCUGUGAAAUUAGACGUUGAUUUGGCUUACGCAAGACUUACUUAG